CUCAAAAUAUUUACUUGACUAAUUUAAAGUCUCUUGUCCUUGAAACUAAGCUUGAGCAUGGCCAUUCUAGUACCUCAAUGUUUGGCUCGAUUAAUGCUCAUUCUCCUUCUCAUUGGAGUGAGCAAUGCUCAAUUAUCUUCAAAUUUCUAUUCAUCAUCAUGCCCUAACCUCCUUUCCAUCAUCCGAACAGCCGUAAAUUCAGCUGUCUCGAGCGACUCUCGCAUGGGGGCUUCCUUGCUUCGUCUUCAUUUCCAUGACUGCUUUGUCGCGCUAAAAGGGCCGAGCUGGGCUAUCGCACUAGGAAGAAGGGACUCGACCACCGCAAGUUUGAGCAACGCAAACAGCCAAAUCCCGGGUCCUGGCAAUAACCUCAAUGCCCUCAUCACUGCUUUUUCUAACAAAGGCUUCACCGCUAGAGAAAUGGUUGCCCUCUCAGGAUCCCACACAAUAGGUCAAGCAAGGUGCACCACAUUCCGGAACAGGAUCUACAACGAGGCCAACAUAAACGCGACGUUCGCUACCAGCACAAGGGCCAACUGCCCCCGCAGCGGUGGCGACAACACUCUGUCUCCGCUGGACGUUGCCACGCCAACGGCCUUCAACAACGACUACUACAGAAAUCUCAUCAGCCUCAAAGGCUUGCUGCAUUCCGACCAACAGCUCUUCAAUAAUGGAUCCACCGACGCUCAAGUCAGAGCCUACUCAACCAAUUCGGCUUCGUUUUUCAAUGACUUCGCCGCGGCCAUGGUCAAGAUGACAAACCUUAGCCCCCUUACCGGCACCAAUGGCCAGAUCAGGAGGAACUGCAGAAGGACCAAUUAAAUAGUUUUCACUUUGUUUUGACUUUAUCAUCACUAAAUUUGGAUGUUGUUUGAGGUUUUUCCUCUGUUUUUGAUUUUUUCUUAUUUGAAGUGAUCAAUAAAGAUUGGUUCUAAGUGUUGUUAUA